AUGUCUCCUUCAAGCCAAUUGCAGACAAAGUUCCAAGAACAGCAGAAAAUGUUUACGCUUUUGAGCACUGGGGAGAAAGGAUUUGAUUAUAAAGGUUUCUGCUUUCACAGAAUUAUUCCUGGGUUUAUGUGCCAGGGUAGUGACUUCACAUGCCAUAACAGCACUGGUGGCAAGUCCACCUAUGGGGAGAAGUUUGAUGAUGAGAACUUCAUCCCGGAGCUUGCAGGUCCUGGCAUCUUGUCCAUGGCCAAUGCUGAAUCCAACACAAAUGGUUCCCAGUUUUUCAUCUGCACUAUGACUGAGUGGUUGGAUGGCAAGCAUGUGAUCUUUGGCAAAGUGAAAGAGGGCAUGGACAUUGUGGAAGUCAUGGAGUGCUUUGGGUCCAGGAAUGGUAAGACCAGCAAGAAGAUCACCACUGCCAACUUGGGACAAGUCUAA